CUCCAUCGACACACAGUAACACAGCAGAGACCAAGAAAAAGUUAAAAGGUUGGGAGAUUGAGCUCUGCUUUAAAGCUGCUUGUUGAGUUUUGAUUUCAUACUUCAGUGUGCCGGCACUUAGUGGAGGUUGGCAUGCCCUGGACCAGACCCCAGGUGGACCUUCAUGCUGGUGGAGCAGAGGCCAUGGACCAGUAUAACAUAGAGGACCACCACUACGAGGGCUCCCUGUUCCCCACCUCCACCCUCAUCCCUGUCACUGUCAUCUGCAUCCUCAUCUUCAUCAUCGGGGUUACGGGCAACACCAUGACCAUCCUCAUCAUCCAGCACUUCAAGGACAUGAAGACCACCACCAACCUCUACCUAUCCAGCAUGGCGGUGUCUGACCUCAUCAUCUUCCUCUGCCUGCCCUUUGACCUCUACCGGCUGUGGAAGUAUGUGCCCUGGCUGUUUGGGGAGGCAGUGUGCCGCUUCUAUCACUACAUCUUUGAGGGAUGCACCUCAGCCACCAUCCUUCACAUCACGGCCCUGAGCAUUGAGCGCUACCUGGCCAUCAGCUUCCCCCUCAGGAGUAAGGUGGUGGUGACCAGACGCAGGGUCCAGUACAUCAUCUUCGCCCUGUGGGGUUUCGCCCUGAUUUCUGCAGCUCCCACACUCUUCCUGGUCGGGGUGGAGUAUGACAAUGACACACACCCGGACUACAACACUGGCCAGUGCAAGCACACCAACUACGCCAUCAUCUCUGGGCAACUGCACAUCAUGCUCUGGGUGUCCACCACCUACUUUUUCUGCCCAAUGCUCUGCCUUAUCUUCCUCUACGGCUCCAUCGGGUGCAAGUUGUGGAAAAGCAAAAAUGACCUGCAAGGCCACUGUGCUUUGGCACGUGAAAGGUCACACAGGCAAACAGUCAAGAUCCUGGUGGUGGUGGUGCUGGCCUUCAUCAUCUGCUGGCUGCCCUACCACAUCGGCAGGAACCUCUUUGCCCAGGUGGACGACUACGACACGGCCAUGCUGAGCCAGAACUUCAACAUGGCCUCCAUGGUGCUCUGCUACCUCAGCGCCUCCAUCAACCCCGUCGUCUACAACCUUAUGUCACGGAAGUACAGGGCUGCAGCCAAACGCCUGUUCCUGUUGCACCAGAGGCCCAGACAAGCCCACCGUGGCCAGAGACAGCUCUGUGUGAGCGACCACAUCUCCACCCUGAACGAAAGCCUGACUGGGGUCUGAGGGGCCUCAGCUCCUGCAGGCCCUUUUGACUUCAUCACCAAGAAAGAGUUUGCACGGUUCUUUGAAGUUCAGGAGUUGCAGCUAAAGAGGAAACUUGCUGAAGAUGUGUAGAGGAGGGAUCUUUGUUCCAUUUUAUGUUUGAGGAUGAAAGUAGGGCUGAGGGCUCCACUGCACUUAAAAUGCAAAAUCAGAUUUACUACUACUCAGUGGCAGUUUGUUCACAGAGACUGGAUGAUUUUCAAAGAUGUCAGAUUAAAAAAAAUGUUGUCAAGGAAAUAGAAAUUCAGUUGACUCAAGAGACAAAGUUGUUAUUUACGUUUUCUUGUUCCAGUGUUACAUCUCAUGCAAAAGUAUUUAUCUCUACAUUGUGUACCGCUACUUGUUUUUCUUGCUUGGUGUCCGCGCUUAUUGAAUACAUGCACCAUUUCAGUUCGCCAUUACCAUCAAUCCGCAGCUCUGAUUAAUAAAUGACCCGUCUUUGUUAAUGACAGAUGACGUUUGCCACAUUCAAAAUGUCUGUUCAUUUAUAAUAUUUAAUUGUCGUCUCAGCUACAUUACUGUUGUAAGAUUGAAUUUGUUUAAUGUAUGGUGAACAAUUGUUAUCAUACUGUUUGUUGGUUGCUCUCAUAAAUCAAGAAACACAAAAACAAGUAAACCUAUUAGCUGUGGGCCAUUAGUUGUUCAGAUCUAAAAUUAUGUGUGUGUGUGUGUGUGUGUGUGUGU